CUUUGGGGCAUGGGCUUGGCCCUGUGUGUCCACCCCCUGGACAGUCAGUUCACGCACGGCCUUGCCAGCGCUGACGGCCGAGGGAAGGAAGGAAGCCACCCUGCGGUGAGAUGGGUCAUGGAGUCACAGUAGCCUUCAGCAACACGCCGGAGCCGGACUGUCCUUGAGGGAAUCUGCUAAAAUGGACUUCCCCGGGCCGUGCUCCCUGUUGUGGAGGGUGCAGGUGUGAGGCUUACGGAGGCAAAGCAGAUGGUCAGUGGCUCCGUCUAUAACUACUAGACUCUCCGCGCCCAGGCACACAGGCUCUAGAGGCCACGGGCAUGAUGCUUCGGGUCCUGGUUGGGGCUUUCCUCCCCGCGAUGCUGCUGGCCGCCCCACCGCCCAUCAACAAGCUGGCACUGUUCCCGGACAAGAGUGCCUGGUGUGAGGCCAAGAACAUCACCCAGAUCGUGGGCCACAGCGGCUGUGAGGCCAAGUCCAUCCAGAACAGGGCCUGCCUAGGACAGUGCUUCAGCUACAGCGUUCCCAACACCUUCCCACAGUCUACGGAGUCCCUGGUUCACUGUGACUCCUGUAUGCCGGCCCAGUCCAUGUGGGAGAUUGUGACCUUGGAGUGCCCCGGCCACGAGGAGGUGCCCAGGGUGGACAAGCUGGUGGAGAAGAUCCUGCACUGUAGCUGCCAGGCAUGUGGCAAGGAGCCUAGUCACGGGCUGAGUGUCUACGUGCAGGGCGAGGACGCGCCGGGCUCCCAGCCGGGCACCCGUCCCCACCCCCACCCUGGAGGGCAGACCCCUGAGCCCGAGGACCCGCCCGGGGCCCCCCACGCGGAGGAAGAGGGGGCUGAGGACUGAGGCCCCAACUCUUCCUCCCCUCUUGUCCCCUGCGGAAUGUUGGGUGUCACCCUUGGGGGAAAGGUGGGGAGAAAGGCUGAAGCCCCCCUUUGUCACUGGACGGACUUGGAUUCAGACUUGGACUUGGAAUGCUCUCUGGUUGCCGUGGAGAUCCGAGGGGAGGGGUCGGGGGCCAAGCUGCACAAUUUAAUAUAUUCACGAGUGAGGGGAGGGAGCAGUGGAUCUUCAGGGUUCUUUUUCGGAGGGCGGGGGGGUUCUCUUCCUUUCUGCCUCCUAGUGAUGUGCCUUUGGGAGGGGGAGGAGGUUGGCCACGCUGCUGAGGUGGGUGCGCGGUCCUCACAGCCCCUAGUGGGGCCCUGAGCCCGGCGGGGGUGGGGGGGCGCCUUGCCAGGAGCAGCCUUGAGGGAGGGGCUGGGUCCAGGCUGGGGGGACCACAGGAGAAGCUGGAGCCCCACAGGCUCCCCCAAAGGCCUCCCGUGCCCAGGGCAGCUGCUCCCAGGUGGCACCGAAGUGGCCCUCCCUUGAUGGUGUGCUUGGGAGUCAGGUCUGGGCAGGACCCUGCUGACUCAUGGCCCUGGAGCUGGGAGCCAGGCUCUCUGGGCCUCUCUGGCUUCCUUGGCUUUCCAGGGGGGUGGAGGGAGGCAAGGAAGGAGCCUUCCUGGGCCAGGGAGAGGGGAGGGCUCCCAGACCAUCACCAGAGUGUCCCUCCCUCUCCCUCUCCCACUCCCCCCCCCCCCCCCCCCAGUUCUGGGUCCCUUGGAGAGCUGGUGGAGCCAGCCUUUCCCCUCCUGGGGAGCGCUUUCUAAAUAUCUGACGGUGGGGAGGCUCCAAAGAGGGACCUGGGUGGGGUGGACUCUGGCUGAGCCUCAAGAAACUAGGGAGAGGAGGGGGUGGGUCCUUGGUGGCCAGUGUCCCCAUAGCUCUCCAGCAGCUCUCCACCCAUCACCUCCCUCCCAGCUGCACUUUAACCCAGAGGGGGAGUGGGGUCCUGGGGACAGGGCAGGCGGGCAGUGAGGAGUGCCCCUCGGGACCCCCUCUGCCUGUGUCUGCUCCUCUGACCCCAGGGCGGCUGGUAGCUCCCCCAGCCCCCUGCCUGGGGGUGCCCCCGGCCCUCACGGCUGUUCCGACAAGAGCUUCUGGAGCUUGUAACCAGCAGAUUGUUUCCCUGACGGACCCUGAGUUUUCUCAUGAAUAAAUUCGUUCAAUGCU